AUGCCCGAGAAGGGCAAAAAUAAAGAUGGGCUUCGGGUGGCGGGUGGCAUACAGAAGAAGACAAAUCGCAAGGAGGGAAAUACUGGCGUUUCCGGUCUUGAGUUCCAUAAGAGCAAAGGCCAGCAUAUCUUGAAGAACCCACUGGUCGUGCAAGCCAUCGUUGAUAAGGCGGGCGUGAAGAGCACUGAUGUGGUAUUAGAAAUAGGUCCUGGUACGGGUAACCUUACAGUCAAGCUGCUCGAGAAAGCAAAAAAGGUUAUUGCGAUUGAGCUGGACCCACGCAUGGUUCUGGAGCUUCAGCGCCGUGUUCAGGGUACCGCCUAUGCUAACAAUCUGCAGAUCAUCCACGGCGACUUCAUGCGCGUGGAGUUGCCGUACUUUGAUCUGUGCGUUGCCAAUAUUCCGUACAACAUCUCCUCGCCGCUGACCUUCAAGUUGCUGGCGCAUCGACCUGCCUUCCGGGCUGCCGUCAUUAUGUACCAGCACGAGUUUGCGAUGCGGCUGGUGGCCAAGCCUGGCGAUCAGCUCUACAGUCGGCUGGCAGUUAAUACGCAGCUCCUGGCGCGUGUGAGCCACCUGCUGAAGGUGGGUAAGAACAAUUUCCGGCCGCCCCCCAAAGUCGACUCGUCCGUCGUGCGAAUCGAGCCACGCCACCCGCCUCCGCCCGUCAAUUUCCUGGAGUGGGAUGGGCUGGUGCGCCUGUGCUUCAGCAGGAAGAACAAGACGCUAGGUGCUAUCUUCAGGCAGACUAAUGCCCUCCAGGCGCUGGAAGCUAACUACCGGACAUAUCAAGCUCUGCAAGGCGCUGGCGGCGGCGUAGCCGGAGCUGGCGGCGCUAGCGGCGGCGGCGGCGGCAUUCAGAGCCUUGGCGGUGCGGCCGAUGACGACGCCAUGGACCAUGACGGGGAUGACGAGAUGGGUGAUGAUGAGAUGGGCGAUGAUGACGCAAUGACGGUUGACGGCGGCCCGUCGGCGCGCGGCAAGAACGGAGGCGGGCGAAAGGGCGGUGGCCGGGUCAGCCCAGAGUUCAAGGAGCUGGUCAUGAAGGUGCUAACCGACAACGGUCUGGACACCAACCGCAGCAGCAAGAUGACCCAGGAGGAGUUCCUGCAGCUUCUGGCGCUGUUCAACGAGGCAGGGAUACACUUUGCGUGACUGUACGGACGUCGUGGGGUGUUGUUCACUUGUGUUGUGACAACAUCAUCGCAUGUCUGGGUUGUCCUGACACGAUCCGACUGGUGUGUGCAGGAUGGUGGGUUCAGAGGCGGGAUAAUGCUGCUCUGUACACGUUCCGGAUCUGCGUAUUGUUUACUGUUCCAAUUCUGUAACAGUAUGCAAAUACAUGGGUGCGGUACCCAGGCGAGCAACGACCCAGGGUUUGUGUGGCGGGUUUGUCGGCUCAUCGUGGAAGGGGAAGUCGAGCUUCCAACCCGCGUCGCGGCCUGAUGCCGGCGUGCAUGCAUCUGUGCGUAUGUUGGGGCAUGACAGAUGUUCUUGAGGGGUUGCUGAGUGUGUUACGGUCACCCGAUGCUGUACUGAGUGUAGCGAAUUGUGGUGGAGGUCUAAAAGUCAGGAGUUUGUGCUCAUGGGAAAGGUGGCAAAGCGCAUGAGGAGUGAAGGGUAGUGCGUUAGGGGUACUGUGGGCGACAGCGGCCUUCAAUAGUCGGUUUCGGAGCCGCGCUAUUGUGGGAAGUUACAGAUUUGUGCGGGGAUAUGGGUGUCGCUUUACACAGAAUGGAUUCAACUACUGUAUUUAUGAAU